AUGAAUCCCCCCAGCACGCAAGCGCCAGGGGAGACUCCACUGGCCUGUCUGCCACAGGCAAGGCGCGUGCAAGGCCGGCCUCAGCAACGCCACCAGUAUCACCCCCUGUCACCUGCCACGCCCUUGAACCGCCCCCGCGCCCUCAGUCAUGUCAAGCCCGAGACCGAGGAUCGAGAGGUUCACGACAACCAUGACACCGUAAGGACCGUUGGCAUGACCUACACAGUGACGUACGAUCCCAGGGCCGGCAUAGAUGUCGCCAAACUCGUCACGGCAGAACACAACCAGUCGCCACAUUCGGCAACACCAUGA